AUGACAGGAUUGUUAUCUACAGCCCAAAUUAACGUGACGAACCACCAAGGAAGAGAAUUCGUAUUAAGAGCCUUGUUAGACCCAUGUUCUCAAGAGUCUUUCCUGAACGAGUCUGCAGCUCAAACUAUGGGCCUUAAGAGAAAGCGCGUGAACGGAAAUGUAUCGGGUCUUGAUAAGAUGAGCACACCCAUCCGAUUUGCUGCUGAUAUCGAGAUUUCAUCACGUCUUAAUCCUGAAAAGAAAAUGAGUAUAACAACUUACAUAGUAAAGCGAGUCACAAACAUCAUGCCUUCAGAGAAACUUACUAUCGAUAACUGGGUUCAUCUAAGAGAUUUACAACUAGCCGAUCCGACUUACCACCAACCAAGUUCUAUAGAUAUUCUAUUGGGAGUAGAAGUUUACAACGAGAUGAUACAGCCUGGUCUGAUCAAAGGCGUUCCAGGCUCUCCCAUAGCUUUACAAACCCAUUUGGGAUGGAUAAUAUCCGGAAAAGUCACAGUCGGAAUAGAACGAGAGCGAGAAGAGAAACCAUUCAUUAGUAUGCAUUUAAAUGUCGAGUUAAAUUAUAUGCUAAAGAGAUUCUGGGAGCUAGAGACAAUGGAUGAAGAGAAACACAAGCUAACAGCAGAAGAGAUCAAAGUAGAAGAAAUAUAUGAGAAAACUACCACUAGAGACGAAGACGGACGUUACAUAGUAGAUCUGCCAAUGAAACACGAGCCACCAGUUCUUCCAUCUAACAGCCGAGAGAUUGCACUGAAGCGCUGGAAGUCUACAGAGAACAGACUUAAAAGUAAACCUCACCUAUUAGAAGAAUACAACAAAGUUCUAGAAGAGUACAUGACGCUAAACCACAUGAAGAAAAUAGAAACCAAAGAUGAAGAAGAAAAUGGCGUGUGGCUCCCCCAUCACGCUGUGAUUAAAUUGGAGCGAGAAACGAGCAAAUUAAGGGUAGUCUAUGAUGCUUCAUGCAAGGGAAGCAACGGGGUAUCCUUGAAUGACGAGUUAUUAAUCGGACCCCCAUUGUUAGAAGAUUUACGAGCCAUUCUCAUUAGAUGGAGAACAUACAAGAUAGCAUUUGUUGCCGACGUGGAGAAGAUGUAUAGACAGAUACGAGUAAAAGAUGAACACACAAAUUACCAGAGAAUUGUAUGGAGACCAGAUCCAAAGGGACCCAUUGAAGACUUCAAACUCUUAACUGUUACAUUCGGAACAUCCUGUGCACCUUAUCUGGCAAUAAAAACUUUAAGGCAAACAGCAAAGGAUGAAGGAUCGGACUAUCCAGAAGCUCAAAAGAUGAUAUUACGAGAUUUCUAUAUGGAUGAUUUGCUCUCAGGUACAGACGAAGAAAAAGAGGCUAUAGAAAUUCAAAAACAAGUUACACAAAUUUUAAUUUCUGGAGGAUUCACACUAAAGAAGUGGUGUUCGAAUAGCGAAGAGUUUAUGACAGCAUUAGACAAGCAAGAAAAGAGAGAAGAAACGCAGACAGUCGAAAUAAAACGCAAAGAGAGCGUGAAAACAUUAGGUAUAAUAUGGGAAGUUAAGGAAGAUAAGUUGUUCAUACCUAAUCAUAUCAAAGAUUCCCAUGACACACCUAUGACUAAAAGAAGCGUUUUAUCUGAGAUAGCAUCAAUAUUCGACCCAAUGGGAUGGAUCGCUCCAAGUGUCAUACUAGCAAAGAUAUUUAUGCAAGUUUUGUGGAAAAAAGGCAUUUCGUGGGAUGAAGAACUUCCGGCAGAACUACAAAAAGAGUGGUCACAGUAUAAGAGAGAACUGCCAGCUUUGAAAGGUGUCAGCUUAGAUCGAUGGAUGCACACUACGAGUAAAUCAACUCUUGAACUGCAUGGAUAUGCAGACGCUUCAGCAUUAGCUUAUGCGGCAGUUAUAUACUCGAGAGUUAUAGACGAAGAAGGAGAAAUUAAAGUAUCCCUCGUGACAGCAAAAAAAAAAUCUCGCCGAUUAGAAAAGUUUCCUUACCCCGUUUGGAAUUACUGGCUGCUACAUUAUUGA